GUGUUUCACGUGACCGCUCACAGAGCCAGUGCGCCUCUGAAGCAGCGGUAGACACUGAAACCAAAAGGAAACACCACAGUUUGUAGCUCAGUAUUUGCUAGGUUUCUUUCAGAUAAAGUGGACGCCUGCAGUUUUUGAGAAUGUUUUCACUCGGGGAGAGUUUGGAGUUUCUCAUAGGAAACCCCUUUUCAACCCCCGUCGGCCAAAGAAUCGAGCAAGCAACCAGUGGCUCUCUGCAGUCAGAGGACUGGGGGCUCAACAUGGAGAUAUGUGACAUCAUCAAUGAGACGGAUGAGGGUCCCAGAGAUGCAGUCAAAGCAAUUAAGAAGAGGAUCGUAGGAAACAAGAACUUCAGAGAGAUAAUGUUGGCCCUUACUGUUCUUGAGGCUUGCGUGAAGAACUGUGGCCAUCGCUUCCACGUUUUGGUGGCAUCACAGGAAUUUGUUGAAGGGGUUUUGGUUCGUUCCAUUCUGCCCAAAUAUAACCCACCCACUGCCCUUCAUGACAGGGUACUGAGCCUCAUACAGUCCUGGGCUGAUGCAUUUCGUAGCUCUCCCUCCUUGGCAGGGGUGGUGUACGUAUACGAUGACCUGAGGAGGCGAGGCCUGGAGUUCCCCAUGACAGACCUGGACGCUCUGUCCCCGAUCCACACUCCAAACAGGAGUAUCCCAGAAAAUGGGACUCCUGAGACGACCGCUGUCGCUGCUCCCACUCAUCAGUCACAACCACAAGCUCCUCCAGGGGCCUCUCCUCAGAAUACUUCACCUCCAGUCCAGCCCACUGAGGGACCAGUGACACUCACUGCAGAACUGGAACAGAAGCUGCGGAGUGAGCUGGCGCUGGUGAAGGGAAAUCUCACAGUGAUGUCUGAAAUGCUGAAUGAGCUUGUACCUGGACAGAGCCAGCCGGAUGAUACAGAGCUGCUACAGCAGCUCUACUCAGUGUGCAAGAACAUGCAGACUCGAGUGGUGGAGCUCAUCCCCCAGCUGCUGGAUGAAGGAUUUAUUGAAGAGCUGCUCGUGGUCAACGAUGACCUCAACAACGCCUUCAUUCGCUAUGAGAGGUUUGACAGACUUAACAAGGCACAAAUUACAAAUACUCAGCAGAGCUCUACCAACAGUCCGAACUUCAUCGACCUCAGCCCAGGGCCCUCCACUCUUGGUCAACCUGCUGUCAUCACAACAACCAGCCAGCCAACAGUCAGCACCUGGGCCAAUCAAAGGCAAUCGGCCAAUCACAAGGAGGAGGAGGAGUUUGACAUGUUUGCCCAGACCAGAGGCAGCUCCCUGGCUGAACAGAGGAAAAGUGUCAGAUAUGAGGACCCAGGAGCUGUGGAGGGCCUCGCCGGAGCUCUAGACACAAGAUUGCAGGUCACAGGAGGAAUGCCACCAACGAAAAACUCUUUGCAGAACGACAUUGACAAAUGGUUAUCCUGUGAUAUGGAAGAGCAGUCUUCAGUUUCUGAGGGAGUGUCCAGUGACGAUUUUGAUAAGUUUCUGGAGGAUCGGGCAAAGGCGGCUGACCACAGCAGCCAGGGGACUUGCAGCAUGCCGCCCUCCACAUCCAGACCGCCGCCGCAGUCUACCCGGCAACAGGACAGUUCCCAUGAUCAGCUGUUCUCACUCUGAGGCUGGAGAUAUAGAAGUGGAAUUGGGUGGAUGUAAAGGUCGACAUAUACAUACCACAUCACUUUGAAAUGCACAGUAGCUACAAUCAGAGACAUGCUGUGCCAAGUCAGGUUUUCUCUGAGAGUACACACACACACACACACACACACAAUAAAACCUGACACUACAGAACAGUUUCCCAGUCAACUCAUUGCAUAAAUGCAGUUCUUAGUUAAUUCUGCUGUUUAUGUAAGUAUGAGCAACUUUAUGUGGAUGUAUUUAUGAAAUGUAUUAUUAAAAUGUUGAUGUAAACAAAACAAGAAGUGUUUGCAGUUAAAUAUAAUGUUGAAAAUAUAUUUGAUAUUACACCAUUGUGUGCCUUUGACUGAGACAGCUGAUUUUGUGUAGAUGACAAUAAAUGGGGCAUUGUCCUGCAAACAUG